UUAGAACUCAAUUCACUUCAGAAAUUAAUUUCACAUUCACAAUAUAGACUGGUUUAUUUCUCUCGCAGACACUUGCAUUGACAGCAGGCCAGUGGACAGUAAAACAGUUUGAUCUCACUUACAAGCUAUGGGACCCGGUCGCUGUUUGUUUCUAGUAAUGGUUUGGACAGGAGCCUUAUCGGCCAUAGCGAGUGCGGACCACAGACAGAAAAGAGCGCUUCGGUGCCCAGCAAAGUAUCAAGUCAUACCCAAUCACUCGGCUUGUCUAGAGAAAUCGCCAAUGGCCAGCAAUUCAGGUGUCAUUGAUGCCGACAAAACAACCAUUGUUGACUCGCACAAUUCUUACCGCGCUGGAGUUGUUCCCACCGCAGUUCUUAUGUACAAGAUGUAUUGGGAUGAUGAAAUAGCCAUGAUCGCACAGAACUACGCCGAUGCCUGUAAGGGUCUCGUUCAUGAUAGCGGACGACAGCGGAGUAUUCCGGGUCGAUUUUCUGUGGGACAGAACUUAGCUGCAGGAGACUAUGACGUCGGCUGGGGCAAUAUCGUUAAACUGUGGUAUGACGAGGUGAAGGAUUUCACAAUGAACGGUACCAAUAACUUCGGCCGUGUGGGUCACUAUACACAGGUUGUGUCUGCCAACUCCAUCUUAAUCGGAUGUGGAUUUGCACUGUGUGGAACAACAAGGAAUUACGUUUGUAACUAUGGACCAGCCGGCAACAUGGACUAUAACAACCCUUACCUAGCCGGAACGGCCUGCAGUGGAUGUACAGGGUCCUGCUCUGGGGAUCUGUGUGACUGUACUGGAAAAGUUUGUUUGAAUGGCGGCACCAUGGACCCAUCAACCUGCUCUUGUUCCUGUAAAACACCGGCCACCACCUAUGUCGGAGACACCUGUCAAUUGAAUUGCUCCAUUCACGCUGACAACUCCGGAUGUACGACAUUCUACUCACCCAGUCACUGCGAUCAGUACGUAAACGUACCGGAAGACUGUCCCGCAUUGUGCAACGUUUGUCCUUGUGCAGGCAUAGACAACAUCAUUGGUGACGCCUGUAUUUUAGGAUCUCUAGACAAUGGUGGCAACAGAUUGGAACCUUUCCAACAAUCUUUGUUCCAGAUCUCUGCAUUGCUUUGUCUAUUUACUGUUGGAUUUUUACAUAUGUAAAUUAUUUAUUUUCACUUUCUCAAAUCUUACAUGUAAGCCCCAGUCACACUGUCACGAUUUGUCUCAGGACCUGUACCGAUUUGUGUGAGGAACUGUUCCGGUUUGUUUAAAGAACUGUUCGAGUCUAUCUUAGGCACUGUUCCAAUUUGUCUAACAAACUGCUCCGAUCUGUCAUAAGAACUGUUCUGAUUUUUCUAAUGUUCGAACUGUUCAAAAUGUUCUAAAGAAAACAAAGAAAGGACUGUGUUAAUACAUAGUGGCUCGUUGGUCUACCCUGAAUGAACAGCAUAAUUCCGACAGCCUUCACAACUGUUUUGAUGAUGUUGAAAACAUUCCCGAGUGAUCACGACAUCGACAAGAUUGAAUGUUCUCGUAUUCUCUUUUGAGAAGUGGACAGGCAUUACCUACAUCCACUUCUCGAAGAGAAGUGGAUGUAGGCUAUGCCUGUCCACUUCUCAAAAGAGAAUAAAUGUUCUCGUUGCUCAUUCAUUGCUAUAACGUAAAAAAUAUCAAAAAGGCAUUGUAUUGGGAUCUUUGCAAGCCAAGCGUUUUCGGUCCACUCCUCGUUGUGAUGGCGACCGUGGCUGAACCCGAUCUGAUCUCUAGUGUACUAAUGAUCGGAUUUGUAAUGAUCAGAAUUUCGUCAUAAAAAGGACGUUCUAUCUUAUUUCGUUAUAUUUAGGAAGAUAUGACAAAUAUAAAUCAGUCUUCCGUACGAUUUCGACGACCGUUUUAUUCCUUUUUGCAUUUCAUUUGUUAGUUUCAAGUCCGAAUCUAUGGAGCAAGGGGAUGCCCUUUUGCCAUUCCUGUUGGCCCUUUUCUUCAAUCUUGUGGUCACUUGUACUGGGCGGAAAAGUGACAGAGUACUCGAUUAUUUUUAACGUCUUUCACUCUUGAUUAAGGUAGAAUUCCAGGUCGUGAAUAACCAUAUUGCGAUCUUUACGAUUCAUAGUGCAAUUGUGCUUCAUCUUUGACAAGUCUUGAGUGAUCCGACGUGCCGUAAAGUUCAGUAUUCCUGUAUUAACAUUACGAUUUCGUUUGAAUAAGUUAAUAUGAAACACGACAUGAAAUGGCAUAAAAGGCGAGGUGGAAAUCGUAGUUAUUCCGGGAAUGAUAGUGGCCUGACGGGAUAUGUUACCGUAGUUACCCGAUUUGAAGGUCGUAGAUGAUCAUGGCUUAUUUCGUGAAUGUGCGACUGGGGCUUUACCUUGCGUUGUGUUUUAUAACUGAUGAUUAAUGCUCUGUAACUAAUGCAAUAUAUAUUUUUGUUAUUAAUCAUAUAGUGUUAAUUGUUGCACAAUUUGUUUUCACCUUAUAUUGGUUACACAAUGUUUAUUAAAAGUUGUUCUUCAAUUUA